AUGGCGCAGUUAAUAGGACGUUAGUCGCGUCAUGGCGGGAGCGAAAUUUAAAACCCCGGGAGCUGAACAGAGAAACGGCCCCGGUCUGAAAAUGUUGUGUAAAGUUCAGAGACACCGUCCAACGACAGGAGGAGCGGGAAAACUCCACCAGAGCUGAUGUUGAGCUGAGCAGGCAGUCCUCUGUCAGACACACCUGUAUCAUCUGUGCAGAGUCUGAUCACAUGACUUCACAGGAAUGAGUCUAGAAAAACUGAUUUUGAAGAAUCCAACCAGUGAUCCAAGACUCAGCAGGAGUGAAGUCACUGUUUCAGGAGGAUUUAGGAGAAUGACAGUGGAGUGACAUUAGACAGAAGAACCUCACACGGUGGGAAAACAUUUCUUCAUCUAACAGAGCGGUUUAAAAGAGAACUACUUUUAUCUGAAGAGACUUCCUGUUCAGACUGAAGUUGGAUUAACGAUCAAACUUCAAACCUUUGGUCAGAGUUCAGUCUGAUCAACAGACUGCAGAGGAAAACGUCUCAACUUAUUUAGUUUGGAGGAAACUUGCUGAAGGAUGAGCUCAAGGCAGAAAAGAAGAAAUAGCAUGGAACAUCCACCUGAGUUCUCUGAUCAGCCACCAGAGGUGGUUAAAGAGGAGCUUUUAAAGACACUGGAGGAGUUGGAAGAUGAAGAGUUUGAUCAGUUCAAGUGGAUUCUGCAGCAGCCAGAAAUCUUAGAGGGUUUCUCAGACAUCCCUAAGAGACGUCUGGACAAAGCAAACAGACAGGAAACAGUAGAUCAGGUGGUGCAGAACUACAACCAACAGUCUGUGGAGGUGAUGAAGAAAGUUUUAAAGAAGAUGAACAGGAAUGAUCUGGUGAAGUUUUUGAGCUGCAACACAGGAGCUCAAGUGUCUCCACAGCAAACCACAUCACACCAAACAAGUCUCCAGUCUGACCCACAGAACAGGAUCCGUAACAAAUUCAAGGACAUCAUCUCUAAAAGUUCUCUGAUCAGUUUAGGAUCUCCUGCUCUCUACCAGCUGAGACCAAAGAAAGAGAAGAUUGGAAAUCUGACCAGAAUGACUGUUGGAGAAAGAAAUGUGAUGAAGAUCAACAAAACCAUCUUACUUGUUGGUGAAACAGGAACAGGAAAAUCUACUCUGGUUAAUGCUCUGGUCAACUACAGCAUGGGAGUGAAGUUUGAAGACAACAUCUGGUUUCAGAUCGUAGAAGACGAGAAGAGACGUCAGUAUGAAAGUCAGACACCAGAUGUGAUCGUGUACGAGAUCUUUGGUUUUGAAGAUCAAACUCUGCCCUACUCUCUGACCAUCAUCGAUACUCCUGGAUAUGGAGACACCAGAGGAAUCGAACACGACGUCAUCGUCAGUCAAAGGUUGUUGGACCUGUUCAGCUCAGAUGAUGGAGUACAUGAAAUGAAUGCAGUGGGUCUGGUGAUGAAGGCGACUGAUAAUCGACUGAGUGACCGACAGACAUACAUCUUCAAUUCAGUGGUGUCUUUGUUUGGAAAAAACCUGGAGAAGAACAUCAUAGCUCUCAUCACACACUCAGAUGGAGUGACACCUGAAGAUGCUCUUAAAGCUCUGGAAGCUGCAAAAAUUAAAUGUGCCAGAAAUGAGAAGAAUCAGCCUGUUCACUUCCUGUUUGAUAACUGUCAGACCAAACAGAGAACAGAGGAAACUGAUAUGGUUUUAAAGAAUGCAUGGAAAGUGACAGGUAGGGGAAUGAGUCAGUUUACAGACUUUCUGGAAAAAUCUGGACCUCAGAAACUGAUGACAACAGUUGAAGUGUUGAAUUCACGAAUCAGACUGACAGCCUGUAUCAACAACCUGCAAGGGAGAAUCAAGUUGAUUGAACUGAAACAGACAGAGAUCACACAAACUCAAGAAGCUCUGAAGAAACAUGAAGAAGAGAUGAAGAAGAAUGAAGAAUUCACUGUAGAAUUUGAGGAGGUCUACAAAGAUAAAGAACCCAUCAGUGGUGGGGGUUGGUUGUUUUAUGAAGGAGCUGUGACCUGUAAAGUCUGUGAAGAGAACUGUCACUAUCCUGGAUGUACAAAGGCCUGGUAUCCUGAACACUGUGAGGUGAUAAAAGGAGGCCACUGUACUGUUUGUACCAGGAAAUGUCCUGUAUCAGAUCAUGUGAAAGAACAGAAGAUCUAUGUCAACAAGACCAGGAGAGUUCAGAAGACUGUAAAAGAAAUGAAAGAGAAGUAUGAAAAGAAUAAAGCUGAAUGUGAGAAGAAGUCGAGCCUCUUGGAAAAUCUGGAAAAGGAAAUGAAAGACCUGACAGCAGAGAAGACUCGGUGGCUUGAAGAGUCCUACCAACAUGUUGUCAGUCUGGAGCAGAUCGCCCUGAAUGUGGAUUCAGUGUCCACUCAUGUCCACUUGGACUUCCUGAUUGAGAAGAUGAAGGAGAAAGGAGACACAGAGAAGGUCCAGAAACUGGAGGAGAUGAAGAGGAGACAGGACGAAGGAACCAGGGCUGUGCUGAGGUACAUGUUUGGAAAACUGGCAGCUGGUAAACCAGUUAAAGAAACAUUCUGACCUUUCAUUGGUCGACGCUCUUUAAACAUCAACAUGUUAUUGCAUAAAAAGUGUAAUAUUGAUUUAAUAACUACAUUACUAAAAAGACGUGCAGUUGUAGAUGAAGAAUUCAGAUCAGGACUUCUUGGUUUCUUUUUGUAAAAACACCACAGUUGGCCUCGCAUCUUAGCUCAAUGAUCCAGAAAGAGACAACCAACCACACUUUCACAUGAUCCUGUGUGAAGGUGCCACGCUGCCAUAUUUAGUGUGAAUGCAGCCUAAACUCAGCCCCUCAGUCAAACACACACAGACCUGUAACUCUUUCCACAUGACACCGCCAAGUGUGAAGGUAGGGUUUUCUGCCCUCACACCUUGCACACUGUGAUUGACUGGAGGUUCCUGAGUCACUGCAGAUAAAUACACAACCACACACUUCUACUGGGGCCAAUCCUGCAAAUUAUACCGUUAGGUAAAAGUAACAAUAGAAAAAUAGCAAAAUACUCCAUUACCUGUAAACAUCCUGUGAUACAACAAUACAAAGGUACAGAAGUCUUAUCAGUAAGAAGAGUUUUCAAUUCACCUCUGCUGGUGUCAUAAUACUAAUCACGUUACUGGAUUAUUUUUCCUGUUGUAGCUGUUUGAGCUGAUUUUAACUACUGUACACAUUGUGAGGUAGUUGUAUGUUUAUGAAAAUGCAUUUUCUUUUUUUAAGUUCAUUAUUUGUUAUGUCUUUAAAACUUUUAAUUGUAAUGUAGCUAGUAACUACAGAUGUUAGUUGUAGUGGAGUAAAGAGUAGCAUAAAAUAAAGUACCUACAAUUUGACUUUGAGUAAAUGCACUCUGCUACUUUGUGCAGACUGUUGCGUGGACUUCAGUAAUCUGAUUACAGCUCUCAACAGUAAUCUGAUUACAGUAAACUCUCUGCAGUAAUGUGAUUACAGUCAGAUCUCUGUAGUAAUCUGAUUACAGUCAGAUCUCUGUAGUAAUCUGAUUACAUUCAGCUCUCUGCAGUAAUCUGAUUACAUUCAGCUCUCUGCAGUAAUCUGAUUACAGUCAGAUCUCUGUAGUAAUCUGAUUACAGUCAGCUCUCUGCAGUAAUCUGAGAAAUCUGGUUUUCCAGCUACAUUUCAGCUGCAGAACAAAGUUUUCUUGCUCAUAUAUGAGGAUAAUUACCUUUCUAAUAAUCUUCAACAUGUACAGGACAAAGACUUCAAACAGGGACAGAUACAGUGAGUCUUCAUUACUCUGACUGAUGUGUCCUCAUGUUUAAAAUGGCUCCACCCAAAGUCUGAAACUAAGAGUCUGAAUAAGUCAGAUUCCAGGACAUUUAAAAUAAUGAAUCCAUGUUUCGAAAAUAGAUCAGGGACAGAAAUGUGAUCACUGACCUGCUGCAUGUAGAACAAGCCUGGUUUGUUGAGAGCAUAUAAACACACUGACUGAUGAACACACAGCUCACUGUCUCCCAGGACUAAACAUCAGACUCUUACAGCAGCCUUCAACACUCACUGUAACAACUGUCAGUUAAAGCUGGUGAAAUACAGUCGAAAGCUCCACAACAAGGGAGUAAGUGGAGCUUGAGUUGAGCUUGUUUUUGUCAGACUGAACCAUCAAGUACAGCAGGUGUGUAGAAGUACUCAGUGUACUGUGUUAAUAUGCAGAGUGUAACUAACAGUUCUGCUGUUAAAUGGAGUGAGGACGUCCCCUGGUGUUUAAUGUUCAGUACAACAGUGUGUGACAGCAGCCCCCUCCCUCCCUGAUAUCACAGUCAGACUGUGUUGUACAUUUAUUUCUCUGUGUUUUCUCAGUGUUGAAUGUUGUUCUAAUGUUUUCAAUAGUGAUAUAAGUAAUAUAAACCUUGUUUUCUUCAUUUAUAUAAAUGUAGAUCAGUUAAUGAAAAUACAGCAUGAAAUAUGUUGGUUAUCCAUAAUAAUGUUAAUCCAUAAAAACUAACCACGCACAGUAUAAUAUAAAAUGUUAAUGGAAAAUAUUUCCAAUGUUGACAAAGAAUCUUUAAAUAAAUAAAGUUUUAUUUCUGUCUUUACCACAAA